AUGUGCAGUAUGAAGUUCUUCAAGAUUCUGGCACUUAUCAUCUGCAUGGUUUGUCCGGUUCCCGCCAUCCGAUGUCUGCAGUGCGCCGUCACCCCGACCAUGACGUCACUCCCGCCCGACGCGCCUGCGCAGCUGGUGCCCCCACGCUGUCCCGUGUGGAACAUGACCGACUGUGACCUCCGACCUGUGCCCCUGGGACUCGGGCCGUACGACGCCUGCUACCAGAUGGAUGCACUAGUUGAAGGCAAGCAUUACCUGAGCCGAAGCUGUGCCCACUACCACCGCUGUGUGGACCGCAGGGCUUCUCUGCGUGACGUCACACAACACCACCCAGGGUCAAGGGUCAAGGUCACCUGCUGCAUCGAGGAUGGCUGCAACGCGGUCAGCAGUUCUGCCGUUAUCAUGGCGACGGUUUCCAUGACGAUGGUCCUGUUUUGUUUGGUUGUAGAGAUGAUAUAA